GGCAUUUCGCAGCCUUGGCGAUAUCCGUAUCUGUGGAUCGGGUGUGAGCAAGUUAAGAUUCUAUAUGUACGUGGGGUGACGCUUUCGUAAAUUCUGCCCGAGAUCACAUUCCAACAGACGCACCUCUAUCACUUACCAUAGCUCCGGGCUACGGCAGCAUACUCGACCACUGUUUCGGGACCCUAUUAUUGCCGAAGCCACACCAUCUUCCUAUCGGGAAGACGUAAUAUUGAUGGCUGUUCGUGACAAGAAAUUGUCAGCUAUGGGAGGCUAUCCCCAGAUUUUUCAUCUUUUUGCCCGGCUCCCGAUUGAGCUUAGGUUCAAUAUAUGGGCUUAUAACCUGCCGGGUCCGCGCAUCGUGGAGAUAAAGUACAGCAACGAACCGAUCUUGACAUCUCAGCUGCAAGAGGAUACCGAUAGACCGAUAAUUUACGCAUCCUCCUCCCCUAUCCCAGUCAACCUACAUAUCUGCAGGGAAUCUCGGGCCGAAGCGUUGAAACGGUAUCGGUUGCUAUUCGGAACAUCCCCCGGCGCUGGCCGAAUUUAUUUCGACAAUCUAAGAGAUACACUUUAUUUCGGACUAAGACCGGGGUUUGAAGGUGCGGAGACAUUAUUCAAUACAUUUAUGUCGAUGGUUCAACCAGAAGAUCUUGCCCGAGUUCGUCGAAUCGCUAUUAACGAAGGACUUGUGAAUUAUGUGGACUCAAACGAUGCUGUCGCUCAAUUGACAGCCGAACAAGUAUUGUGUGAAGCAUAUCGACAUCUGGCGAACUUGGAGCAGCUCACUUUCGUCUGUGUGGAUAGGAAUCCAGUUUACAGUUCAGAUGCGGUGUUCGUCGAGCCGGGCAUAUAUAAUCGGAUUCUAGAGCGACAUAUCCAAGAAGCUAUUAGCAUGACCAAAGAACAGCAAUCUCAAUUCAGGCCAUUGCUUUGGGAUAUCCAAGCCAUUGCCGCUGAACCCAACCUCCCCAAAUACGACCGGAGUAUUUUGGGGUACACGGGAACUCGACUAUCUUUCUGGAAAGAGGUCCAUUUGCCACGGUUCCGAAAAAGGUUGGCUAAAUUGCAAUCAGCUAUUCACGCUUAACCCUAUUAUAGAGUUUGAUCUAUUCUUCGACGAUAUUGAACCCACUACCAACUGGCGAUAAUGGUCGGUGAUGCUAUGUCGAUGCCGUGAAG